AAAAUAUACACAGUACACAUUUACUCCAUCCCCACUUCUCUGAUGUCUCCGUCUCUCUAUCCUCUCACACACUCCACUGCCGACCCUUCUCCUUCCCCGGGCAAGCCCCCUACUCCGAUGUGGAUCUGCCGCUGUCCUCUCCCUCUCUCCGUUUCUCGGUCGCUGUUCCUCAUUCCCAGCGCCAUCACUUCUCUCACGCCGACGUGACCACAGAUCCGUAUGGUGACCACGGCGGCUCCAGCGAGCUCCACUCGUCUUCAUAUUUUUGCCGCCGCUGCAGCCGCGAUGCCGACGGUGAGCAUCGGCCGGGACCAUGUCGUCCUAGAUCUGGGUCGGACCUACCGUCACCGUGACCAAUCGAACUGGUUGCAGCACAGGAGGAGCUCGAGGCGAUCUGCUUCGAGCUCGGGGAGCACCCCCGCGGCGAGCCCUGGCGGGACGGCGCCCGACAGCAGGUUGCCUGGAGGUAGAGCGCGCGGAGGCAUGGGAGCGUGAGCACGACGGGCGUGGAGGCACGGUUGUUGCGCAGCGACAGGACCUGCAGGUUCUGGAGCUGGGAGAGCAUGCCGUUGGGAUUGCGAGGCGGUCUGCUUCAAGUUUGGCAUCGAACUGGAGGAUGUGGCUGGAGAGUUUGCUGCUGGCAGAGGCCAGCAGUGUUGCGAAUCAGCGGUUCUGUUGAAGAAACUGUCGCUACAGGCACUUGAUUACAGAAAAUGUCUGAGUUUCUGGACCUUGAGACCCAGGAUGGGAUAAGAAUGACAUGGAAUGUUAUACCAGGCACAAAGCAGGAUGCCACUAACUGUGUUGUUCCUGUUUCUGUCAUUUAUACUCCUCUAAAGCCAAACCUUUCAAUUCCUGUCCUUCCUUAUGCCCCUCUCAGUUGCCGCAUGUGCCGUUCGAUUCUCAACCCUUUCUCAGUUGUUGAUUUUGUUGCGAAGAUUUGGGUCUGUUCGUUCUGCUUUCAGCGCAACCAUUUUCCCCAACAUUACAACUCCAUUUUAGAAAACAACCUUCCUGCUGAGCUGUUUCCUCAAUAUACCACUGUUGAGUAUGCAUCCACUUCUGAAACGGGUCCUGUGGAACCUCCAGUCUUCCUCUUUGUUGUUGAUACAUAUAUGAUUGAGGAGGAGAUUGGCUAUUUGAAGUCUGCUUUAGCACAAGCAAUUGAACUAUUGCCAGAUCAGUCCCUUGUUGGAUUUAUUACUUUCGGGACAUAUGUUCAGGUGCAUGAAUUGGGUUUUGGCUUUUUGCCAAAGUCAUAUGUGUUCAAAGGGACAAAAGAAGUUACACAGGAGCAAAUUCUGGACCAAAUGAGUUUCUUUGCUGGGAAAACUAAACCCACAUCAUGUGUGAUUGCAGGCGCAAGGGAUGGCCUCUCAGCAGAGAGUAUUGCUAGGUUCCUGUUGCCUGCUUCUGAGUGCGAGUUUGUGUUGAAUUCAGUAAUAGAAGAACUGCAAAAGGACCAUUGGCCUGUUCCAGCUGAUAAACGUUCAUCAAGGUGUACUGGAGUUGCAUUAAGUGUUGCUGCUAGUCUCUUGGGGGUUUGUGUUCCUGGAUCAGGUGCUAGAAUUAUGGCAUUUGUAGGUGGUCCAUCUACAGAGGGACCUGGUUCUGUCAGUUUGAGUGCAUUUGCAUUCUUGUUCUCUGAGUUGGUUCAGUACAACCAGACUCAAGUUGACAACAUUACUGAGCUGGAACGGAGGCUGGAGGAUGCUGGUUAUGCGGUUGGUGCAAGGGUGCUUGAACUACUCUGUCACACGGAGAAGGAAACGCAAAGGCGAGGGCGACUCCAGGACCUGUAAAAACGCCGGAUUGACGGCUUCAAGGACGGUCGCAGGGCUGAGGUGGGCAACGCAGGUCGGGCUCGUGCGUCGGACGACGGCGUCGGGCGAGGGCGAGGUCAAGGCGCAGAUCGGCGAGGGCGUCGGGGGCGACUCUCCAGACCAGGCAAUGCGGGCGUCGGGCAUCGGAGGCGAGGGCGACGGUGUCGGGGGCGAGGACGAGGGCGACUCUCCAGACCUGGCAACGCAGGUCGGCGUCGGGGGCGAGGGCGACGGCGUCGGGGGCGGGUCGGGCGUCGAAGGCGAGGGCGACGGUGUCGGGGCCGAGGGCGACUCUCCAGACCUGGCAACGCAGGUCGGCCGUCGGGCGUCGGGGGCGAGUGCGAGGGCGGCGAGGACCCAGGACGAUCGAGGGAGAGGGGCGACGUCGGGCGAGGGCGAGGGCGUCGGGCGUCGGGCGAGGAUUGGUACCGUGCGCGAUUCCUUCCUUUAGAGCGUGCGAUUAAUUUUGUUUUCUUUACAGGACUGAGAUUUUAUAUCAGGAAUUCUUUUUUUUUCUUUAUUUCAUUUCACACCCUUCCACCUCUCUGUUAUAUAUUAUUCUGUAUUGUAAAUUUGCAUCAGGAAUCCUAUCUGGUUUUUUUAUUCAAUUUUGACCCUUCCACCUCCUAAGCACGGGUAUCGCACGUCGGGGGUGGGGGGAGCGACCCCACAUAUGGUGGUCUUACUUUUGUUCUUUUUAUAGUUGUAGGAGAUAUGAAGAACAUGCUUGACGAUGCUCCGGGUAGAUCGACCGAGUGCAAUGUAAAUUCAGGCCUGGUUUAGUUCACCCCUAAAAUAAAAAACUUUUCAA